GAGACGAUUUGUGGAUGGGGUUGUUUGGUUUUGGUUUGGUGGCUGCGGAGGGGGAGUGUUUCAUGAGGGGGGGUGUUUUAUAGGUUUAGAUUGUUUUGCGCGCGGAGUGGGAUGGCGGGAUGAGGUAUAAGGGUGCUGGGCGUACGGUGCGUUUCUUGCAAGGCGCUGUUGUUUUGGUGUUUGUUGCUCUGUUCGCUUGUUGACUGUUGUUGGUAUUGUUAUUGUUGAUUCGAUUCUUAUCUAUUUGCUCUGCUGCUUUGCAUUGCGGAUUUGAAAACUUUGCUCGGUUCAUUUCGUUUCAAUUUAACAUGGCUGGUCCACGGGAGACGGUUUGGUGGUUGGUGGUGUUGUUUGGAUUCUUAUCAACACUCGUACAGGCGCAAAACACCACGGCGCAAAAUACUACGGCAUCGGUAUCUGCGUCGACGUUCUUCCUCGAGGAAACCGAAACACAGUUCUCGCUCAACAUUGCUAAUGACUCGGACGAUGUCUUUGUAUAUUUUACUUCGCCGGCGUACUCGUGGGUCGGUGUUGGGUUUGGAGAUAAGAUGGAAGAUAGCUUGAUGUUUGUUAUGUAUCCGAAUGAGGAGGGUGACAGUGUAACAAUCAGCCCUCGCAUUGGAAGCAAAAACGCCGAGCCGAGCUUCACGCCAUCCGUCGACGUGGAAGUUCUGCCCGGCACGAUGAUCAACGACUCCAUGUUCGUUUUCCAAGCCCGCUGCAGUAACUGCAGAUCAUGGCUCGAAGGCUCCCUGGACGUCAAGAACGAAGCACAUCCCAUGAUCUAUGCGUUCGGAAAUGCGCAUCUUCUGCAGUCUAACUCUCAGCAUGCAAACCUAAAGCGUCACAUCCGAUAUGGGCAUUUCACCAUGGACAUGGUCGCCGCCACAGGGACAGGCGGUGUUCCCACGAAGAGCAAUGCGAUGAAUGGAGUAAAGUUGCAAGGUGACAUGACGAGAGACCACGAUCGAUCGAACCUCGCGCACGCAAUCAUUGGAUGCCUUGCGCUGUUCGUGCUAUGGCCGCUUAACAUUAUCUUCGCCGGUUUUUUCAAAAACAUCAAGAUCCACGUCGGCGUUUCGAUAGUGAUGUUGGCGUUCCUAAUCGUUGCGUAUGCACUAGGUAUCCAUACGUCGUAUGAAUACAACCGCUCAAAAGGCUUCAACACCCCCCACCAAAUCUUCGCCUUCAUAUCCCUCUUCCCCAUGGUCCUCCUCUCCGUCCUGCCAAUCCGCCCCCUCGCCACCCUCCACAAGCUAAUCCCCCGUCUCCACACCCCCCUCACAUCCAUCCUCUUCAUCACGCUCGCCCUAACCGGCGGUCUCGGCCUGCACCUCGCCUCUCAAACGCGCUCGAUAAUCCUCGGCUACGCAGCCGUCACGCUAUUCAUAUUCGUCUUCAACACGACGCUGCAAACCUGCGUCCGUCGGCGCGGCUCGGCCUACGCGCGCGCCACCACGCGACGCCAGCUCGGCGAGGACGACGACCAGGACCUGAUGCUCGCCGAGUCCAUGGCGAAGCGCACCAUGGAGAUGGAAAGUAGGAGUGGGAGUGCGGCGAGUUUGAGGCCGCAGCCGCAGUGGAAUGGCGGGAGGGAGGGGGGCGAGAGUAGGGAGUUUGGCGCUGAUGGGCAGGAGAUGCCGAGGAGUGCGGGUCGGGCGGGGGUUUAUGGAGGGGGGGCUAUGCCGGGGCCACAGUAUAUGAUGAAUAUGCAUCCUGGGGUGCCGGUGCAUAGGUGGUGAGGAUGGACGUAUGAUGUUAUGAACUGUAUGAUUAGGUCAAAGGCGUGUGGCGUUGGGGGCGUUGGCUGUUUGAGGGUUUGGGCGUUUGGGGGUUCAUGAGAUACCAGGUUGGCGAGCUUAUACUCUAAUGUUACUUUGAAU